GUUCCGCAUUCGUGGCGUGGCUGCCUGGUGCUUAGUUCCUCGUGUGGCCUCGUACUCCUGCAGAUGGCGGUGCCUCUGCUAACGCAGAAGAUCGUGAAGAAGCGGGUCAAGCAGUUCAAGAGGCCCCAUCUCGACCGCUACAAAUGCCUCAAGCCAAGCUGGCGCAGGCCCAAGGGUAUUGACUCCCGCGUCAGGCGGAAGUUCAAGGGAUGCACCUUGAUGCCCAACAUUGGAUACGGCUCUGACAAGAAGACAAGGCACUACCUCCCCAACAAAUUCAAGAAGUUUCUUGUUCACAAUGUCUCUGAGCUGGAGCUGCUUAUGAUGCACAACAGGACGUACUGCGCGGAGAUUGCCCACAACGUCUCCACCCGCAAGCGCAAGGAGAUUGUUGAGCGUGCUGCACAGCUGGACAUCGUGGUCACCAACAAGCUUGCCAGGCUACGUAGCCAGGAGGAUGAGUGAAAUAUUCAGUAGUCGCAGUUGCGUUGUUCUUAGAACAGUACCGAGUUGGAGAUACUCUUCCACCAUUUUUAUGCUUAUGUUAGACAUGUUCUUUUGCUAUGAGUGUACUAGUGAUGGCUAAUACCAUCUAGUUUUGAUCUGACAUCAUGAAAGUGUGCCAAUGACCUCAUGCUUAUGGUUUGUGAGUAUAAAUUUUGUUCCUGUGCGUCCA